CCUCUGAUUUUUUUUUUUAUUUUCCGCCAGAAGACACUAAUUUCUAGAGCAGAAAUAGAGGUGCCUGUGCCCCACGCGUUUCCUAGCUGCUGAGCAGGCUGACGAUCAGACACCGCUGCAAAAGAUGCCAAAAAGCUCCAGCUGUGCCCAGGCUCCGAGCCCCCAAACCCAGCUCCUUCGCCGAGGUGGGGUGGGAAGCGCAACUCUACUACACUUUGCGCCGCUGCCUUCCCCCCGAUAUUCCGCUUAAUGUAUCCAUUAUAGCCCACGAGCUGCAGAAGCGAAGGACAGAGACAAAUUACGUCAAGAAAUAGUUCCUGUGCUACCUUCCCCAAUUACCUUCCACCUCCCUCGGCGGCGGGGAAAAUCUCCCCCAGCCCGCAGAGCAGAGCAGCCCGGGGCUAAUGAAAUGCAAGCCUCCCGCCUCCCAACACCCGCAUUAUUUCCCCGAGUUUUAGCAAAAGCCAGGUCGCAUAGGCGCUAUUAAAAAAAGACCUGCGGAUUGAUCCACGCUAUAUUUUUGGGUAAAUACAAUCACGUGAGGGCGGGCAGCCAAUGGCACACUGGGAAAGGCUGAAAAAAUAAUUACCUGCCCUGAUUGUUCUAUGAGAAGAUAAAAAGUACACAUACAGUUCAUACAAUAAUCUUAUGAAUGUAAAAGAGGGGGAAACCAUGUCGGCUUCGGGCCCCAUAAGCAACUAUUAUGUUGACUCCUUGAUAAGCCACGAGAACGAAGAGCUCUUGGCCUCCAGGUUCCCCAGCACUGCCUCCCACCCGGCUGCUGCCAGACCGUCAGGAUUAGUGCCGGACUGUGCCGACUUUCCAUCGUGCAGUUUCGCCCCCAAGCCGGCCGUGUUCACCGCCUCCUGGGCUCCCGUGCCCUCGCAGGCGGCCGUGGGCUACCACCACGCGUACGGCCCGCAGGCGCCCGUCGGGGCCGAGCCCAGGUACAUGCGGACUUGGCUGGAGCCCCUCGCCGGGGCCGUCUCCUUCCCGGCCUUCGCGCCCGGCGGCCGCCCCUACGGCCUCAAACCCGACGCCUUCGGCGGGCGCCGCGCCGAGUGCGGCCCCGCGGACGGCCGCGGCUACGCGGAUUACAUGUACGCGGCUCCCGGGGAGCUGAGGGACAGAGCCGCGCAGACCCUGCCGUCCCCGGAGGCCGAAGCCAUCGCUGCCAGCAAACACAAAGAAGAAAAGCACGAAUUAGACCCUAACAAUCCCGUCGCAAAUUGGAUUCAUGCGCGCUCCACGAGGAAGAAAAGAUGCCCUUACACAAAGUAUCAGACCCUGGAACUGGAAAAAGAGUUUUUAUUCAAUAUGUACCUUACACGGGACCGAAGGUACGAAGUAGCCAGAGUCCUUAAUCUCACUGAACGCCAAGUCAAAAUCUGGUUUCAGAACAGGCGAAUGAAAAUGAAGAAAAUGAAUAAAGAAAAAAACGAUAAAGAACAGCAAUAAAGUUGGCAAAGUCCAGUCAAUGAGAAACGAGGGCGGAAAAAGCAAAGAGGCUGGUUCGGGGGUUUGAAAUGUUUCUGACUUUGAAUGUGCGGAUGAAUGUUUAGCAUUAUAGUCAAACACAGCAGGCGUUUUGGAACACGAGUCUUUUCUAAAAUGCAACUAAAUAAAAUAAAGAUGUUUGGGGGGUUUGUUUUCUUUUCCUUUCUUCUUCCUUUUUUUUUUCCUGUGUUGUCCUCCUCAGAAAACAAACACGCAAAGUACUUGAAUUUUGGUUUUUUUAGUAUUUUAUUUCCUAAGUUAAACUUCUCCAGUAUUUUUAUUUUUGAAUUUCGUGAGCUCGUGAGUUGACUAUUUUGUAAAAAAAAAAAAAAAGAAAAAGCGAGGCAAAAAAAAAAGAUAAAAAAGACAGAAGGGAAUAUGGCUCCAUGAUGUCCUGUCAUAGUGUUGAACGUUUCUGCUGUACCGAUUUCGUGUAUUUUAUUCUUGUCUCAGAACCGUUCUGUAAUAUUGUUAUGUUCGCUAUUGUAGAGCAGCUCUGUGUAAAUAUACCUAACGUCACGGGGAAGGAAAAAAAAAUAAGAAAAGAAAGAGAAAAAGAACAAAACUCUCAGCAUGUAGGUGUGUUUUUCUUUGCAGCGGAGGAGCAGCCCCGGCUGCGGCGGCGCGGGGAGCCCGGGGCCGGUGGCCGCAGCCCGGGCAGAGGCGGCACCGGGCACCGGCGCAGCGGAGCUUUCCGCUUCCUCCCCGGCGCUUCUCUAUUCCGCAUAAUAAAAGGCGCUGAGAUAAGGGUU